AUUGCCGAACCGUGCUUGAUCCCCGCUUUCGACUAUGAACGUCCUCGUUUAUGCAGGUCCUGAAGUCCUACAGACCUCACUAGCCCGCUCAAUCACCCUUCUAAAGUCCCUGCUUUCACCAAACUACACCGUUCAACCUAUCAGCGUACAAUCACUCUCAUCGCAUCCAUGGGCGGCGACAUGCGCGUUGCUCGUAAUCCCUGGUUGUAGCCAACGUCUGUCGUUCUCACCCUCGACCGCAAGCACGAUCAAAUCGUACGUAGAGAACGGUGGUGCUUUUCUUGGACUACGAGUAGGUGCGAAGACGGGAUGGUCUGAAUCGACCUUACGAUUCCAGGAUGAAGCUUCAGGGGCGAGUCUGUCCUGCCAUUUCUCCCCAGGAGGAGAAGAACCCAAGACCAUAACACUCAUGUCUUCGCAAGGCGAAGUACAUACCAUUUCAGAUUCAGCUACCCCUGUGUUUGACGUUUCCGAGAGCCCGGUCGUGCAUGUGUUAGCACGGUACUCUGAAGAUUCGAAACCCGCCGCAGUCAAUUUCAAAGCUAGCAGGGGCAAUGUUGUCUUGUGGGCCGUACCGAUCGAGGUUCCCCUCGUAUCGCAAGACAUAUCAGACGUGCAUAUCGACGUCGCAGAGAGGAGACGGUUGGGACUCGUUCGCGAGACUCUCCGUCUCCUAGGAUUGUAUUUGCCUGCAGACUCGCCGUCUGUUGCAAUGCAACUUCUUCCAUUGGUCUUGACCGGUUCACCCUCACGGCCUGGGGUUGUCCGUCAAAUCUUGGAUGCACUCGAGAUUCAGAUUGCAGGUAAACUUGCCGAUGCAAAUGACACUUUUGAAUUCGUCGAUACUCAGCACGGCUUGGAACGUCUGCAUCGGGCUCGCUCUCAGCUUUUACCCAAGGAUGUCAAGCCCGUUAUCGUAUUUUUAGAUGGAACUUCUCCCCAACUGGAAGACACCCCCUUAUUCAAUAUUCCGCAAUAUUACACCGAUCUCUCCGCUGCUCGUCAACAAGCCGGCUGUCCCUCCAACCCAGUACCUUGGGGCGUAGGUGAAGCUUUGUUAUACGGCGAAGUUGUGACAAGCACACAAACAAUGCUUGACAAGAACCCACGACUCCUUUCCUCCCUUCCUGUGCCCUUCCUUUCUCUUGCGUCGCAUCAACUGGCGGGGCGCGGAAGAGGCGGAAAUACAUGGGUGUCUCCAACAGGAUGUCUACAGUUUUCGCUCUUGCUUCGUGUACCACUCAGUCAGCUCCCGGCUACGAAGCUUGUCUUUGUGCAAUACCUGUUCGCGCUGGCUGUCGUUGAGGCAUGUCGACAUGAUAAUAUCAUGGGACGAUCCGGUGAAGCUGUUAGGUUGAAAUGGCCAAACGAUAUUUACAUCGUUGACGGUGAACAGAAGAGGAAGGUUGGUGGCAUACUCGUGCAUACGAGCUUCGUUGGUGGCUUGGUGUCCAUUGUAAUAGGGUGUGGUGUGAAUGUGCUUAAUGGACCGCCCAUAGCAUCACUUGCGCAAGUACUCUCAACCGAGGCCCAUUGGAAGCUCAAUUUGGAACGUACAGCUGCGACGAUCAUGGCUACAUUUGAACCAAUGUGGAAUACCUUCGUCUCGGAACAUGGUUCCUUCAGCUCGUUCAUGGAUCUUUACCUAGAACGAUGGUUGCACUCUGACCAACUUGUUACAAUCACCACUACAACACCUCCCCGGCACGUGCGCGUCACUGGAAUCACUGCAGACCAUGGAUUGUUGCGCACAAUUCCUGAACGGGAUGCAUGGGUCUCUCGUGCUAGUGGUUCUGAUGAUUUCAUUGACUUGCAGCCGGAUGGGAAUACCUUCGACCUUAUGUCAGGACUCAUUAUGACCACGAAGUGAAAGCGAAUGAUGUAAAGCUGGGAUAUCAAAUAUGUAUUAGUAUACACUUCGAGAUUAAGGGCCGUCAGCGGCGACCUCUUGCCAAUGACUGAAAUAUAUGGCUGCGAAGAGAUGCCAAACAUUCUUCUCGCUGAUCUGUUGAAAACAAGCGCCAAACGGUAGGCCUUAACGGCCGUCUAUCUGCGAACUGCGAACGCACAAUGUGAAGGAUUUCCGAGAGUAAUAUAGAUUAGUCUAGCCU